GGACCCCGUUCGAACUUAUAGAUCAGAGGACGAACCCUGAUGGUCUUUCUGAAGGGACGCUUAACUCACGCCUCUACACUUUCGCCACACUCUACACCCCCAACUCCCGCCAGCACAUAUUUCUUACGAAGACACUGAGACUACUGGCCGACUUCUCGGAUGAG